CAAGUUGGUCUACCAGUCGCUUUUGGUGGGACAAAACAGGAACAGUUGACAAGCAGAGUAAUUCUUGGUUGACAAGCCUAUCAACUAUCAUAUCUACUACGACAUGGCGAAGCACGUCUUUGCAGCAGUCUGUCUGUGUCUCGUCCAGCUUUCAUCAGCGAGUGCGAAGGGGAACUCAGACGACCCGCGCACUUACGAAGUGUUCGUGAGAGAGAGUGUAGCUCCGGGCUACAUAAUAAGCAACAUCCCACAGCUGUUCAAGAGGUCACAGCUGCCUGCACCUGAAACCUUCAACAUCUUCAGUGGAAAUAAGGAUGACAGGUUUUCCUUGAAGAACAACACUGGCGAUCUUUGUGUGAAGAGAUAUCUCAACUACAACAUCGACUCCAAAUACAAACUGACACUGGCCGAUAAAAACAACCAGGCGGUGUUGGUAGUGCUCGUGACAGUGGAGGAUGACGCUGCCUACCCUCCUGUCUUUAACCCUGACUGUUACAUGCCUCCCCGCAACACCAGUAUCACCCACGUCUGGCCGUUCACGGUGUCUGUGAAGUCCAUUUUCCUGACCAAACCGACUAUGAUAGUUGGCGAUAACAACGAUAGAGAGGCGGCAGUCGUCAUUGACAAUGAUCAAUGCGAUGUCAAGGCGUAUGUGCCAGUCAAGGACGACAAAGUUGAUUCGAUAGACAGAGACUACACACCGAGUUUUAGCGUGAGCUGUACGAACACACAGAACCCACCGAGAAAUAACUUUGUCAUCAAAACAUACUGGAACGCCUCCUAUCACCGGCCGGAUGACAGGGGCAUCCAGCCCGAGUGGUUCGUUGACUCCCCCGAUCAUCCCCACAAGAGACACGUGCUCGUCACCCUGGACAUGAAGAACUUCUACGGUCUCGACCCCUCCGUCUACCUUUGUCGUCUCAGCUUCGACCUGGGCUUCUUUGGUGCGACGGUGGGGGGAAACAUUACCAUCAACCCGAUCGGUUGUCCGGAUGGUCUCUAUGGUGGACAUUGCAACGAGACAUGUGUCUGCCAAAAUGGGGGCAGCUGCCACACUUUUAAUGGCGCCUGUAAGUGCACAGAUGGAUGGACUGGAAGAGCCUGUGACAUCGUAUCGAGGCCCAGUCAUUUUCUUCAUGGAAAGCAGGGGGUCUACUUCAUCGUCGGAGUUGUCUUUGGAGCGAUCACCUUGGUAGCUGUAGUGGCGAUCGUGGUGGUCUACGUCAUCAAAAGACGCGUACGCACAAACAAAUACGUCAACGAUAGUCUGGCAGAUUCGGAGAGCUUCCGUGAUACCCCGUAUGAUGAGUAUGCCGAUGAUGCACAUGUCCCGGAUGUGAUGAUAAAUAAGGGAGGGUAGAAAAUGUUGCCGCUACCUGGAAUUCAUUUUGAUUUUGCCAACCGCUUUCUGUAAACGCUCUAUUCUAGUCUAGCUUCUGUUCUAUUCUGAGACACGCCCUCUUGUACAUAUAAUGAAAAUAUAGUACAUUGGAUACUCCAUAUAACGAAUCGUGUAGGAAAAAAGACACAUUUUCGAGACCACAAGUUUACGAGGGUUGAUCAAUAAGUCCUCGGCCUCACCCAGAAAUAAUAAGCACAAAAUUCAAAUUAGUGUGAUCAUUGCUUUACAGGCGACACCCAGUAACAGUACGUAAGGGAGAAGAAAAAGACGUGGACAAUAUAGC